GAAAUUUUCGGAUCAAAACAAAACAGUGCGACUGAUCGAGCCGUAGUUUUCGUCGGAUCUUCAGUCCAGCAACAUGGAGUUUGAAGGUAGACUGGCGCUGCUAGCAGUAUUUUUGUUUGGCUUAACUGCACCGGUGCGAACAAUCGGAGAUGAGAAGCCUCGGCGACUGGUGUGUCAUUACACCACUUGGUCACAAGGCCGCGCCGGUGAUGCGUCGUAUCGCAUAGAAGACGUUCCGGGAGAACUUUGCACUCAUCUAGUGUAUAACUUUAUCGGUAUCGACGAAGACACCUUCGAAUUAACGCCGAUACAGCGCGAAAUAGAUGUCAUCCAAAAUGGUUACGGUCGUUUUAUAGAUUUGAAGAAACGGUUCCCACAUCUGCGCCUUUCGAUAGCCGUCGGAGGAUGGGCUCACGGGGGCGAGAAAUUCAGCAAGAUGGCCGCGCGUAGAAAUCGUCGUCAGAUCUUCGUGGCGAGCGUGGUGAAAUUCCUGGAACGGUAUGGUUUCGAUGGGUUAGAGCUUGCGUGGCUGUACCCUGGAAAUCCAGAGCGCGGUGGCAGCGUUAACGAUAAAGAUAAUUAUAUUUAUCUGGUAGAGGAGCUUUCGCGAGCAUUCCAAAAGAGAGGCAGAGGAUGGGAACUGGCGAUCCAAGGGCCUGCGGAUAAAUCUCGAUUGGGUGUUGGGUACGAAAUAGAUGCGUUGUGCGAUGCCGUUGACUUUGUUCACCUGCUCGGAUAUGACAUGCGUGGAUCAUGGAAUAAUUUUGCGGAUAUUCACAGCCCUAUGGCGGACCGUCCACAUGAUACUGGCAACUUCCGGGGAAUCAAUAUUCCCGAGGGAGUUAAGCAGUGGACCUCGAAAGGAUGCCCGCCUGGUAAGCUAGUGCUCGGAGUGCCGAUGUUUGGCAGAACUUUCAUCCUGGCCAACCCGCAGGAAAAUGCACUCGGGUCCCCGACCAAAAGUGGAGGUCCAGCCGGGCGCUACACGCAUGAAUCUGGUUAUUUGAGUUACUUUGAGAUUUGUCUCAAGUUUAAGACUCCACGUGCCAAGUGGCGGGAGUUAUGGGAUGAUGUCGGCCUUUGCCCAUAUGCAUAUUUUGGUCGAGAAUGGAUCGGUUACGAGAACACCCGAUCGGUGGCGGAGAAGGUUAAGUUCGUUAAGGAGAGACAACUGGCUGGAAUGUAUGCAUUUUCGCUGGAUUUGGACGAUUAUCGAGGAGACUGUGGUGGAGAAACAUAUCCGCUCACGAAAGAAUUGUACAAAUAUAUUGAGGAAACAAAAGACGAUGGUGAUAUCGUGCCCGUCAUCGAUCGUGAAUGGGAGACAAAAUGAGUCGAACUUCGUGAUUGUAUUAUAUUUUUUUGCACUCGGAUAUUUCGAAUAAAAAUGGUCCCUUCAAUAAUAUGAAUAAAA